AUGCGCAAGCUGGAUAGCCUCCCCUCGCCGCUGGCAGACGCGGCAGUGGAGAGCGUGGAGACGGAGCGGGCGGCAACCGAGUUCUCGGUCGAGGCGCUGACGCACGUGCUGGACGGCGGGGCGGCGGCGACGGCGGAGCGGCGAGCGGCGUGGCGGGCGUUUGCCGCCGAUCCGGUUCUCAACGACGGCCUCGAGAGGUUUACCAUGCCGCUGAAGGAAGAGCGUGCGCUAUCGACCGCCAAGCUGUUCCGGCUGGCGGACAUGCUGUCGGCGGCGCGGGCAGAGGCGGGCGAGGGCGAGGCGGGCGAGGCCGAGCUGGUGCGCCUGCGGCGGAACCUGAUGCGGGCGCUGGAGGUCUUUGAUCCUUCGGUCGCCAUCCGGGCCUUUGUGCAGCAUGGCUUGUGGAUUGGGACGCUCAAGAACCAGGGCACGCCCGAGCAGCAGGCCAAGUGGCUGCCUGGCGCCGAGGACUACCGCAUCAUCGGCUGCUUUGCCAUGACUGAGCUCGCCCACUCAUCGUUCCUUCGCGGUGCCGAGACGCGCGCUGAGCUUGACGUCGAUACUGACGAGUUUGUCAUCUCGUCCCCGUCGCUCACAGCCACCAAGUGGUGGAUUGGCCAGGCCGGACAGAUUGCCACGCACGCCAUCGUCUUCGCCAACACCUUUUUGCCCAACUCUGCCGCCGGCAUCCAGCUGUUUGUUGUCCCUCUCCGUGACGCUGCCACCGGCAAGCCGCUACCGGGCAUCACCAUCGGCGACAUCGGACCCAAGUUUGGCCGCCACGGAAACGACAACGGGUUCAUCUCGUUCGACGCCGUCCGCGUCCCACGAUUCAACAUGCUCGCCCGCUGGGCGAGCGUCGAGAGCGACGGCUCUUUUAUCCCGCCGCCCAACCCGGCGCUAGCCUACGGCUCUACCAUUCUUGAGCGGGUCUCGUCGGUCGGCUCGGCGGCCGACUAUGCCUCACAGGCACUCACAAUCGCCAUCCGGUUCGGCGUCGCCCGCCGCCAAGGCUCGGGCCACGUCGGCUCGUCGCCGUCGGCGCCCGAGCCGCAAAUCAUGGACUACCAGUCGCACAUCUGCGGCCUCAUUCCUCAUCUCGCCACCUGCUACGCCGUCUUUUGUACUACCGCCCGGGUCGAGGCCGGCUACAACGCCAUGGUCGCCGACCUUCAAGCCGGAAACACCCUCGGCUUCCUAGCUCCGCUCGCCGACAUGCACGCCACCUCGUGCGGGCUCAAGACCGUCUGCACCUGGUGGGCUUCGGAUGCCCUUGAGGCCUGCCGUCGGUCGAUGGGGGGCACGGAUAUCACGCGUACUCGGCAGACGGCCCGCUACCUGGUCAAGAUCUACUCGCAGGUGCACGGCAUUGGCCACAGUGGUUCGCGUCGCGUCCCGCCGGGCGACUCGGUGGCGUACCUGCUCGACGCGUCGCUACCACGCUUUGACUCGCUCGGCGCACUGGUGGCCGAGGCGCACAGUCUCGACGCUCUGCUCGUCGGCAUUCAGCAAGUUGCUGUGGCAAAGAUUGGAGCUGCUGCCACCCGCCUCCACUCGGCCAUGAUUGUCGACGGGAUGUCCAAGGGCGAGGCGUGGAAUGCGUGUCUGAUGGAUCUGGUCGACGCUGUUACCGCGCAUUGCACCGCGUACAUGAUGGAGUCGUUUACCGCCUUUGUGGCCGCCCGCGAGGCCGAGGGCGUCGACGACGCCCUGAUCCAGGUCCUGACCACGCUCGCGCGGCUCUUUGCACUCCGCUACGCCUCCGAGCACACGACGUGGUUUAUCGAGGCCAACAUGCCUGCAAAGUCGUCCGACGCCAUCAGCAGCCUACGCCGCGCCGUCGAGUCUGUCGCCAGCAGCCUCCGGCCGUCGGUCAUCGGACUCACCGACGCGUUUGACUACCCGGAUGAACUCCUACGCGCUCCGCUCGGUGUCAAGUCUGGCGACGUGUACCGCGAGUACUACCGCGCCGCGUCCACCAAUGCGCUGAACGAGCCGUCGGGCGUUGCCCCGUACUGGCGCACGCUUGUCUCGCCGCGGCUGCUCCAGUCCAAGCUGUAGCCGCCCUGUAGAACGUAGUCAUGUCCCCUUGCGGAAAGCAGCAAAAUAGUCUUGGUGGG